AUGUUGCGCUCUGCAGCUGGUAGACAUCAAGCAUCGUUCUUAUCCCGCGCAAGACCCUUCUUACCAUGUCCUUGCCUCCAAAGCAAGCGCACUCAACACGUUACCACCACAACCACAUCACAGCCAGAUUCACACCUCUUCCGCUACACAAGCGGCCGCUGGAUAUGGAACGAAGAGAAACAGCUGCGGUACCGAUAUUCUCCUUUCAAUGUGUCCGAGCUACAGAAUGUCGCGGCGCACAGCGUCGGGGCUGACGCUUGUACCGGAAUCACGAAAUUAGCCGAGGGCAACUUCAACAAGAUAUUCCGACUGACGAUGGACAAUGGGAAAAAUGUAAUCGCACGCAUCCCUCAUCCAAUUGCAGGGCCGCAUCGAUUCAUGACGGCGUCCGAGGCGCGCAGUGUUCUGGGCAUUCCAACACCCCAAAUCUUCGCCUGGAGCGCCGAUCCGAGCAACCCAGUGCAGUCCGAAUAUAUCAUUAUGGCUGAAGCUCCGGGUGUGCAACUAGACUCGGUUUGGAGUGACCUUUCACUGGAGCAAAGAGUCGCCAUCAUGAAAGACCUUGUUUCUUUAGAGAAGAAGAUGAGUUCUGCGUCGUUUAGCAGAUACGGGAGUUUGUACUAUACGAGCGAGAACAUUCCAGGUGCAAAAUCGGUGGAGGUCCAAGGAAAUGUGUCGGUCGACCUCCGUAACGCAGCUACGCGCCAGUUCUGCCUAGGCCCAAUUGCUGAAAGGGAGUGGUGGCGUGGAGAACGCGCAACGAUGGAUAUAGACCGCGGCCCAUGGGAUCAUCCGCAGGACUGUGCUAUCUCAGUUGCUCACCGCGAGAUAAAGUGGAUUGAGCAGUUCGCUGUUCCCAAACCAGACAAUGACCCUUUGGUACCGUCGAAGACACAGAACUCUCCGGGUAACCAAAUCUCUCUGCUCCAGCGCUAUCUACAAGUCGCUCCAUACCUCCUUCCCUCCGAUUCCGACGUCGUCGCCUCCCAUAUAUGGCAUACUGACCUCCAUGCUGGGAACAUCUUUAUCGACAUUAAUACCUGUCAAAUCUCCAGUGUUAUAGACUGGCAGGGGAUUUGGGCUGCGCCACUUAUACUACAGGCCCGUCAUCCGCGGCUAGUGCAGUAUGAUGGCGAACUCAUCCUGAAACCUCCAACAAGUUUCAAAGACUUGGAAGCUGGUGAGAAAAGCCGGAUACGCGAUAACAUGAGCCGGUCAAUCAUUCUUUAUUUGUACGAGCAGACAAUCGCCAAGGAGGUGCCAAUUCUUCACAAAGUCCUUCACUUUAGCAAUGGCCGGACAAGAUGCGAGCCCAUUAUAUUCGCUGGCGACACGUGGGAGGAUGAUAUCAUACCCCUCAGAGAGUCUUUGAUUCGAAUCGAGAAAUACUGGGACGAGUUCGGUUUUGAUUUUCCGUGCCCCUUCCACUUCACGGAGGAUGAACUGCGAAAACAUGCAGAAGACAGUGAAGGGUGGAACGAGGUUCAGGACUUUUGGGCUUCGAUUUCAUCCAUUGUCGCUCGGGACGGGUGGACGCCCAACGAGGCGUACCAGGACGCGGCAGGGAAGGAGAGGGAGGAUUUCCAAGAGCAGACAAAGUGGGUUGAGAAUACGUCCGCACAACCGCGACGCUCUACCUAG